AUGGGAAUUCAGCGAUUCGGGGCUCAUAUGCGCGGACACGCCGUGAAGAGUGUUCUCGGCAGCACCGAAUCUCCAGCCACCAAGUCAGUCGCGAUCAUCGAUGGCCCUGGCUUGGCUCACCACAUCUACUACAAGCUCUGCCACAAGCACAUCGCCACCACCGGAACCAUUACUUAUGCCGACUGUGCCGAUGCUGUCGUGCGAUGGCUAGAUGACCUCCGGUCUAUCGGCUGCAAGGUCGAGGCGAUCAUCUUCGACGGAGCACUUCCUCAGUCUAAGAAAGACGUACGGAUAGGUCGACUGCAAUCCUACGUCGCUAGAUUACAGACAUACAAACAGCAUAUCGGCAGUGGUGUACCAAGGCUAUCCGGUGAAGCGCGCCGGAACUUACCUCCACCGGCCUUCCUAGUCUUCACGAUCGUGGAAGAACUGCUACAAAGCGCCGAGUACGCAGACUCGACAUUCGUGGUUCAAGGCGAAGCUGAUCCUUACUGUGUCGCUGCUGCACAGUCCGUCCCGACGGAGGACUUCGACAGCAUUGUGAUAUUCUCCGACGACGCUGAUCUGCUGGUCUAUCGGCUUGAUGAGAAUGUCAGUGUCGUGACGUUCCGAGAUCUGUCAGAGUCGGCUGCAGAUAAUGGCGUUGUAUGGACAUGCGAACAAUACUGGCCGGCCAAAAUCGCACAGAGAGCAUCGCCGCCACUUAUUGACCUCAUCAAGCCUGCGUACUAUAUGGCGCAGGACCCACAUCUGACACUCGACCACGCGUUACGGAAGGUUGCUGCGAAAGAUCCUGCCGAUCAGGAUGAAUUCUCGCAAUUCUUGGCGACAUUCCAGACCACGGAGGAGACCAAACUCUGGGAUGCCAUCAAGAAGGAUGCAAAUCUUAAGGCGAUGUUGGCUGCUCGUGACUCCCGAGUUUCUGAGCUUAUCUACGAGGCAGAAGUUCUUGCUAGCGGCGAACAGGUUGGUGCUCUGCGAAUGUACUUACCAUUUCAGCUCGACGAUCCAGCUCGCAAGUCAGCAUGGGCGGUUGGCAGUGACGUCCGCAUCGCUGCGUACUCGCUCCUUCUGACCAGUUCAAACAGCGAGAGCGAGCUCAGCACCCAAGAAUACCGUCGAAGCGGAGCAAGGAUAGCUGCGACCAUGAUUGAGACGUGGUCGUCUGAAGCCACAAAUGUUCAGCUUCAGACCCUGUCAAGCCAUAUUGAGAAAACGAUGGCCCAGACAGCCAAGUCUCAGCAUCGUCCACUAGACCAUUGGCGCUAUUUGGUUAUGCACCAGACCUUGUCCGACAUUGUUACAGACGGAUAUGCAUUGCCAACCACUGACGAGGUCCUGCAAGUAGUGACUAACAAAGAGCCACGUAAGUGGCAUCUCAUACACUUGGAAGCGCAGUACCAGGCUGCGUACUACUCGCUUCGGAUGAUGAAGCAGAUCUUGGCCUACGUGAAGAGAAGCAGUACUCACAAGAUGGCGGACGAAGAGCUCAUUGCUAGGUUAGUCGAGCAGCUGCGCGAUCUUCCUCGUAUCGCUACACUAUUUGCCAAUAAUCAGUUCAGCGAUCGACAGGAAGAGCAGAAGGCCUGGCAUGAUCCAUUGGGUCACAUGCUCAUGGCACUCGGCGGCAGUCAAGAAGACGAAAAUCAGGGGCCAAAGAAGCGACGGAAAAAGUCAAAGAAGUCGCCACAAGAGGACAAGCAAGCAAACAGCCUUGCCAAGAAUCCCUUUGCGAUGCUUGCAGAAGAUUGA